AUGCUGUAUUUAAUUGCAUAUGUGGAUAACCGCGAAGAACGAUUUCAAAAGGCGGGAUGGAUUGAUCAAGAUCACAGAGCGACUCGGUCGACCGAUCAAUUUCACGACAACAUUAAUGCGGUAGUUUGCGAAACUUUUCGAAGUCCAUCAUCAGAAUGGCAGAAGAAAUAUUGCCGGCGGCAGAACUACACCUGCUGCGAGCAUUCCAUGGUGAUUGGAUUUGACCAUGGUGUCUUCUAA